GCUCGUUCACGCGUCUUCGCUUUCCCUUGCCGACGACCUGCACCGUCUUCCUCCUGUGGCCGCCCCCGAACUCCGCUAAGCCAUGGGGGAAAACAGUCCCGAGAAUGUCAUCUACUACGAGGUGGAGGAAGAUGACUUGGCCCGAGAUGAAAAACUGAUGAGGUUUGUGGACCAGAAUGGCCUCGCCUCGCCUUCCUCCGGGACCGUCUACGACAGGACGACUGUUCUCAUUGAACAAGACCAAGAGCCGUUGGAGGAGGAGGAGGAGGAGGAGGAGGAGGAAGAAGAGGAGGGGCAGGGCGGGGGUCCCCUACCUUUCUUGCACGAGGAUAGAUUUCACUUGAUGUCCGAUCAUGAAGGGAUCUCCCAGGGCUACGUGCAGCACAUUAUUUCGCCGGAUCAGAUCCAUUUGACUAUCAAUCCUGGGUCAACUCCCAUGCCGCGGAACAUCGAGGGGGCCACCCUCACUUUACAGUCAGAGUGCCCUGAAACCAAGCUUAAAGAAGUGAAGCGCUACCAGUGCACGUUUGAGGGUUGCCCUCGUACCUACAGCACUGCAGGCAACCUGCGCACCCACCAGAAGACCCACCGGGGGGAGUACACCUUUGUGUGCAAUCAGGAGGGGUGUGGGAAGGCCUUUCUGACAUCCUACAGUCUCAGAAUCCAUGUCCGAGUGCACACCAAGGAGAAGCCCUUUGAGUGUGAUGUUCAGGGUUGUGAAAAAGCCUUCAAUACACUGUACAGGUUAAAAGCCCAUCAGAGGCUUCACACAGGGAAAACAUUUAACUGUGAAUCAGAAGGCUGCAGCAAGUACUUUACAACCCUCAGUGAUUUGCGGAAACACAUUCGGACUCACACUGGAGAGAAGCCGUUCAGGUGUGACCAUGAUGGCUGCGGGAAAGCCUUUGCUGCCAGCCACCAUCUGAAGACACACGUCAGGACACACACUGGUGAGAGACCUUUCUUCUGUCCCAGCAAUGGGUGUGAAAAGGCCUUUAGCACACAGUAUAGCCUCAAGAGUCACAUGAAGGGACAUGAAAAAGGGUCCCCCUACACUUUAUUCUCCAACAGCAACCUCUCUGAGGAUGCAAACCACUCACUCUGCCUGAGCGACUUGAGCCUUAUGUCCACAGAUUUAGAACUGCGGGAUAAUUCAGAUCCAGCACAUGGACAAGACCUGAGUACAAUCUCACCAGCAAGCAUCUUUGAGUCCAUGUUCCAAAGUCCAGAGCCUCCCCCAAAUCAGGAAGAUUCUCAGCACACAGAUGCCUUGAUUGGAGAUUUUGGUGGUGAUGCAGAGCCAGCCCCAGCAGCCCAGACACCUCCAGGAGAGGCUGCGCCCUUAUCCCUGCCGCUUGUUCUUCAGCUUGGCAUUUCUGAGCCUUCCCUCCCAGCACUGCCUCUUGUCUCCACUGGUGCUCAGCAAGUGGCUUAUGGAACCCCUGCCAGUAUCCUGCAGCCUCCAGAAGUGCCUCCUCCUCACAGCACACUUUUGGCAGCCAGUCCCCAGGGCUUCUUGCACCACCUUCAGACACCUGUACAGCCCAUGGGGUCUGGGCUUUCUGGAGUCUCAGAGGUCCCCACUGGACCAGCAGCUGCAGGUGCCACUGAGAUCCUGCCCAGCAGAGUUCAGACUGUGCCUGUGGGAGGGGGCCCUGUGCUGCCCAGCAGCCCCAGUGUUACCAUCGCCCCCUCACAAAACACAGCCAUUCUUCAGUCUGGCAUCUUCAUGGGAGAACAAAACCUCCAGUGGAUUUUAAAUGGGGCCACCAGGACACCGCAGAACCAAGAGCAGAUGCCACAGGCUCCUGUCUUAGAGAAGGUCUUCUUCACAACUGCUCUCCCUGUGACUGGUAGUGCGGGGAGUCCCGUGCAGCAGAUUGGCCUGAGUGUGCCUGUGAUCAUCAUCAAGCAGGAAGAGGUGUGCCAGUGCCAGUGCGCCUGCCGAGACACGAGCAAGGAUAAAGCCGGCAGCCAAGGCUGUCCCUCCCUUCUCUCGAAGACCUUAGGGGAGUCUCCAGCACCAGGGCCACAGGACUUCCCCAGUACAGUGGCCAGCACGUCCGCUGCUGCUGCUGCUGCCAGCUGUUCCUCUGUGUUGCCUCCUGCUGGCCAGCAGAGCACCCUGGGGGGGCACCCGUCCGGCUUCCUAAGUGCCAUGGAGGCGUCUCAUUUCCUUUCUCUCCAGAGCCCCGAGACGGCCUCCCCUCUCAUUCCCCUCGAGCCUCUCCUGCAGGGGGAGGAGGGGCUUGCCUUGGGUGGCAACUUCCCUAAGUGAAGCCCUGGCAAGCAGCGGAGAGACAGACAUGAGCCGGCUGCCCAGGAGGGUGUCGCGGGCUCCCUUUUUCCCCAGAUGAGGAGCAGCCGGCUCUGCCCUCACUUGUCACUUUGGCUCACAGCAAUGUGAGCAUAGGAAUCGGUCACUUUGAGAGGAUGGGCAGGUGGGCUGCACCUUGCUUUCGUGGGGGUGGAGCGGAGUACUUCUGGGCCUGGGGUGGUUCGGGGUAAGUGUGCCCUGUGAGCAGCAAGGGGAAAGAAAUCAAUGUUUGUGUGAAAACAGCAUGGUGGGCUCUCCGAGCAGCAGUGGCACAGAGGAGUGGAGAAGCCCUCCCCAAGGCCUCGCCCUUUUGCUACCUGCAAAAACAAGUCGUGCACAUCAUGAUCAGACUUUGCACAUGAGUACAUGGGCUGCUGGCUCCUUCAUCUUAUGUGCCUGCUCUUCUUGAUAACUGAGUGCACUGCCUGGGUGUUUACAUGAAUUCAGGGGCUAAAAGGAUUUGCACUGUUCAGCUUUAUCAGAAUGACUAUCUCAGCAUAGCUACUUUUGCCUAGAAAAUGUUCCCCUUUAGAUUGGCUGGCUUUGGGGGGUUCAGAGAGGUGCUUGGAGGUCUCAGUGUUGGUCUGGUGGAGACUUGGGAGCAAUCCAGCUUGGUCUGGCAAAGCAGACUCCUCCAGGGUCUGCGGAGCUGCCGAGCCAGGCCCUUCCCUCCGCAGACAGUUGGGGUGCAGCCAGACAGUCCACCUGCCCUCCAAAGGUUUCUUGGGAGCCACAGGCCCCACAGAGGGAAGGGCGCCUUUCCUCUCUUAACUUACUCAGGGUAAAAUCCUAGCAUAGAAUGCCUGGAAGGUUUGGGGUAGUCUCCUUUCUAAAGUUUUGUACAUGUCCUUAUUUUGUCACAUCCACUGUGUUUGGAUUUUCUAGCCAGCCCUCUUUUGUUCCCAGGACAAACUAUCAUUGUAUAGUGUGCCUGUCUAAGAGUUUUUCCCAAGCUGAGAGGCAGGCGGAUGGGCAAAGGCAGAGAUGGAGGAAGCAGGGUCGCUGUGGCUGUGACCUUGGCUGGCUGUCCACCCACCCUGUGGAGCAGAGAUGGCUGCAGGGGCCUUGCAAGGCCACUUCAAGUGUUCUCAGUUUGUGCCUGCUGUGCUGCUGCUGUAGCGGGACAAGCUGGCUGGUUGCUGUUCCACUGAACUCCCACUGGGAAUAUCUGCAGUCCGUGGGCAUUUCUGAUCCUCCUCUUCUUCCUACGUUAGACCAGAACCUCCUGAAUCUCCCCAUGUGCCUGCAAGGCUUGUGUAGUUAAAGUGCUUCUUGUUGACUAUGGAGAGCUACUAUACUGGGCAGUUGCAGUGGAGUUUUAGACUAGUGUGCCCCUGUGAUGGAUUUUGGUAACCCAUGUUACAAGAGCAUUCCCCUUGCUUGGCUCUGCUUCUGGAAUGGUCGCCCCCUGUGACUUUGGGAGCCAGCUGGUCUUGUCGCUUGCCCAGCCUGCUUUGUGGAUGGGUCUAGGGUUGAGGGACUUAAUUGUGCCAAGACUCCAGGGCGUGGAGAGGCCCUGGGACUUCAUCUCAGCUAGUACUGGGGGUGGGAGAGAGUAACUAGAGGAGGGGAAGUGGACAGUGUCUGGGACGUGGACUUCGUCUGCCAGAAUUCUCAGCAGGGAUCACACUGCCUGGGGAAUUCUGAAAAUUGAAGUUUGCACACCUGGAAUUGACCGAGUUUAGGAAAACUUGCUCUAGAGUCUGCAGUGUUUGCUUCUGCUAUUCAAGUUUAGGGAAGGAAUAUAGUUCAUUGGGGCUGAUCUAGUUACACUUACUUGCUGGCCUCUAAAAUGCACUUUAGUUCUCUUUCAGCUGAUGGCUGCAAUGUCAUUUGUAAAUAACUCUUCACAGUCCUUGGGUAUUUUCCUCCUUUUUGCUCUGAGUAAAAAAGUAUGUGGUGUGCAAAAAAGCACUUAACUUCAGUGCAAUACAUGUAGCUAGAAGUGUCCACAUGCACUCUGUGAGUGUGGUUAUAUGUAUGUAUAUGUGCGUGCAUGCGCACAAGUGUGUUUAUGUGGGAUUGAUGGAAUGGGUGGAAAACCAUCACUCUGCCCUUUUCUGACUUAUGCAUCUUUGAGCAAAUGUCCAGUCUAUGCAAAACCUCCAUUAGUAGCCUGAGCUGAAUGGAUUUGGGUCAGAUCAGCGCCUUUCUGCAGUAGUUUGGUCACUGCUUGGAUACCAUCCCAGCUCUGUCAUACUCCUUGCAAGGGAGGGAAGAAACAGGCCGCUCUUCACUGGUCCUGAAGCAGUUCCGAAGACUGGUGCUCCUGCUCUCCAGGUGCCCCACCACUGCCUUACUUCCCACCCGGUGAUUCUGUCCUGGAAGCAGCAGAAUCUGACAGCAGCCAUUGGAAAGGACUGUCCCAUCACCUCUUACACCUUCUCAAGGGAUGGUUAACUUUAUAGACACCAAGAGUUCCAGAAUGCCAAGGUACCCACAAGAGAUGAGCUGGUCUUCAGAAACUGGGUCAUGGAAGAGGUGACAGUAACACUAUUGGCCAGCUCUCCUCUAUAAAAGCACAGAAAGCCUUCUUUGGAGCAUCCACUGGCAUGGGAAGUAAAUGCUACUCUGAUGUCAUACACUUUGUGUUUGCUUUAGCGGUCUAGAAAUAGCAUCUGUUUUUAACCAAUAUUUCUUGUUGGUGAGGGCUGGUUUUUCAACCUCUACAUUGUUUAUUGUUUCUAUGCUUUGGAGUCUGUUCUGCACUGAAAAAUGCCAAGGAAACUGGAUAUAUUUAUGUAAGGCGUGUGUGUGUGUGUGUGUGUGUGUGUGUGUUUGUAAAAAUGGAUGGAAAUGGUAUGUUAUCCACAGUCUUUUUAAUAGUGAGCACGCUGGCCAAACCCAGUUUCUAUGCAGUGGACACUUUCAAGUUAAUGCAGUUUGUAUUUUUCUGAUCAUUUGGGUGUUUUAGCUUUUCUUCCCACAAACAGUCUUCACCAGUAAAGCCCAGGGAAGAAUUAUCGUCGUCGUUGUUCUUAUUUUGCAAUCUGUUAUUGAAGUUUUUUUUCUCUUGUUCUGCAGUGUUAUUUCUUUCCAAAUACUAAGAUACUGGCUUAGAUUAUAUGGGGAAACAACAAGCUACCAUUCUAUCUAGCCACAGUCAGGAUUUGGGAGUGGAGCUAGAUGUGGGACUCUAUUGGACAUCAGAGAACAGUUUAAGCCUCUCUCCCACCUUUGGAUUAGUCUACGGCAUACUGGGAAAUAGGUAUUUUCCAUUGCUCUGACCAUGAGACAAGGUUCAGAUGCACCUUUUCCUGUUGGGCAGAAAAAUGUCAUCAACAUGUGCAAGAUGGAGAGAGAACCCUUUAGCUGAGGAGAGUUGGUUUCCUGCCUUUUCCCAGCAGGCACUUUCCUACAAAGAAUGAGUGACUGCUCCAUAGAGCAAGGAAGGUGGAGACCCCAAAGGUUCUCAGAUAAUUGUUGAAAGUGCCUUCCUGGGUCCCCUUCACAGUUUGGACUGUGAUCUAGACCUCUAGCUUCCUUCAUGAUCACACUGGCUGGGUUUGCAUGGCAGGCUUAGCCAGGUUAUUAAAGACCUAACCACUGCAUUGCACAACUGCUAAACUUUGGUUAGUUAGUCUUGGCUUGGUAGUUGACCAGCCCAUUGCGUUAGUUUAUGAUUUGAGGUGGUCUGUGAACUCAGAAAAUUGGGUGAAUUCAGAGUUCAGGGUGUGUGUGUGGUGGGAACCCUGCCAUGGUGUUGCUAUGGCUAAACUCCACAGCCUCACAGGACAUGGUGGGGGAUGAUUUGAAGUUACCAGUUUCUCUCAGGAGUAUCUAUGUUGUGUUUAAGCACAUUUAGUUUAACUUUGAAACCUGGGAUCAAAUGUCUGUGCAUUGAGUGAUGUGAAGAUGCUCACUACAGGUACAGUACUUCCAAAGGAAGAGCUCUCCAAAACACCAGAAGAAUAAACAAAGUUGUAUUUUUGAAGAAUGUAAAAUGUGAAAUAGGGUUUGCUUACCUGGUCCAUUUUGUAUAAAAUUAAUAUUGUACUUUGAAAUAUCUGCAAGGAAUUGGAAAAUAAUUUUUUAAUUGAAGGCAAUAUUAGUACCAAUGAAAUAUAAUUAAAUGCUUAUUUAAAUGUGGUGCCUAUGGAAUACUUAUUUCUUGAAUAAAUGAGUUUAAUGUCUUA